GAGAGGAAAGACGCGGGUCCUGGUGGGAAGGAGAGAGAAAGAGAGAGAGAAAGUGAGAGAGAGAGAGAGAACAGAAGAAACAUGGAGGGAGACAUCAGGAAAAGAGGAAUGUUGUACCUGCAGCAGCAGAGGUUCGGCAAGAAAUGGAAGAAGGUGUGGACCAUCUUGUACAGAGACAGCACAUGCUCCAUUUCUCGUCUGGAGUUCUUUGAAUGUAAGGACGGCAUGAGCACCCUGGAGAAACCCAACCGCAAGCAGGACAACAAGAAGGUGAUAAAACUGAGUGACUGCAUCCGCGUGUCCGAGGUGGAAAUUGAGGGCUGUCCUCGGGACUGCGGGCCCUUCCUGGUCGAGACCACAGAGAAGCUGUUCAUCUUCGCCGCAGACAACUCCGAACUGGAGGACUGGACACAGAAGCUUUGUGAAAUUGCUUUCCCAAUGAACCAAGCUGAGCGCGGUGCUGGGCCCAGGAGAGGCAGCCUACCCCGGGUUCUGGGAGACACAGAUGGAGUCAGCAUGGAGCAAAACAGCCUGUAUGGUGAAAAAAAUGUGAUGAAAGACUUCAAGGUGUGUGUAAGGCGGUCGGAGAUAGCAGACAAAUGUGCUAUGAAGGGAUACUACCUGAUGAGGACCGACUACGAGAGCCUCCUGCUGAAGGAGCCGAGAACAGGAGAGGUGUUGUUCACGUGGCCCUACCGCUUCCUGAGGCGCUUCGGACGGGACAAGGCUACGUUCUCCUUUGAGGCGGGCAGAAGGUGCAAGUCAGGCGAGGGCAACUUUGAGUUCGACACGAAGCAAGGCAACGAGAUUUUCCAGGCUGUGGAGGCUGCCAUCAACCUCCAACGGCCCACAAUGUCCCGCAGGCAUCCCUCGGGGGGCAACAGCGCCCUGGAGAAGGAGACGCCGGUGCCCCCUGCAGUCAUAGUGGAGGAUCGCAGGAUCUACUCCAUGGUGAACGACGGCCAGUACAGCCAGACCAGAACUGGGCGCUCCCCUCCCGACGGACAGAGGUCCCGUCUGGACGCCCCAGCUGACAAAGUCCUUACCGGGGUCAAGAGCCUCAACCUGGACUCCCGGCCACAGCCGCGCAAGAGCCAGGUAAAGAACCACCGCAGCUGUCCGCUAGCCAAAUCCGAGGACCAGACCUACUCGCAGAUCACCCUGGGCAGUCUGGAUCACGGCACAGAGAGGUGCCAGAGCCUAGAAGAGCCUGACUCGGACUACUCGCUCCCUUUCGACACUAUUGCCAAGAACGUGAUGGCGGACAUCCUGCAGGCUGGGAAGCAGGAGGCUGGGGUGCUAGACAACAACCCUGCCGACCCGCUCUAUGACUCCAUCGACGAGAUGGCCAUUGGUGGGGUGCACCGGGUUCGCAAUGAGAGCCCAAAGGACAAAUACACCCGAGCCGAACAUAUCUACGACGAGCCAGAGGGCAUUGCCAAGGCUGCGGCAGGGGUGGCUGCAUCCGAUUCUGUUUCCAUGCCAACCACCAGCUCCACAUCACUAUAUGACAACCCUGAGGAGGUGAAAGGUCAGGCGUGGAAGAUGCUGGGCGAGGCGGGGGAACCCAGUGGGCACGAGUACCCGUACAACCCAAACGCCGAUGACUACGCCGUCCCCAAACCGCCCAGGAGAGCCUUCCCACCUUCCUCUGAACGGGAGUGCGAGGGUAACGGGGAAACCGCUGUGUCCCCUUAUGACAACGUGAAUGUGAAAAAAAAUCAGUCGAGUUAAAGAUGUCCACAAACAAACUUUGAACUCUCUCAUCAGAUCAUGUCAGAUACUGCUUCUCCUUGAACUGAAGUUAAUUUAAGACUGCAUGACAUGAUCAUGCUGUUACUUUGUCAUGCUGUUAUUCACGACUCAGCUCUCGAGAAACAGGAACUGAGUAGGAGCCAGGCUGGACAUUUUACAACAGCCGUCUUGAAUGUGUGAACUUUAAUGUGCUUGUGGCAUCGCGCACUUCUGCUGGGGUAAUUUAAAAAUAUGUAAACUGUGA